CAACUGCUUGAAGGGCUGCAGGGAAACACAGUCAAGUGGCGUGCGUACGCUAAGCGAGCGAGAAAGCUCAAUUCAAAUGGAACCAAGCGCGUUUGACAAGCUGCACAAAAGCGGAAUGCCUCUUCGGACAAUACAGCCAAAACGACGCUACCACAUUGGCAGCCCUGUUCUGAAGGGCUUCAAUGUUUGUAUCCAUAGUUUGUUCUAACUAGGGCGGGCGGACUUCAACCCUGAAACAAAUUUCAAACACGUCAUUAUAUCGGUCAAUUGUAAAUAUAUUAAACGAUGAAAAUGUUUGAUUUGUCAAAACUCGAUUUGAAGUGUUGAGAAAAAAAAAAGAAGACAUUUAUGAAGUGUCGCGCUCUAUCCCGGAAGUUCCGUCAGGACAACCGGAAGUAGGUACGUGGCCGCUUCAGCUGACAGUCUGCAAUGAUGGCGACCGAGGUUCACAGCGGCUACCUGGACAGCGCCGCGUCCAGCCGUCUCGAAGUGUCCAUCGACGGCCUCACGCUCAGCCCGGACUCAGAGGUAGAGCAAGGCCAGUCGGAGGAGACGCUGCCGCCGCCGCCGCCACAGGACGCCGCCGCUGCCGCCGCGCAGCCCGACAGCCAAACACCGGCCACCCUUGAGGGCGACGACGACGACGACGACGAUGGAGAGUCCGACCAAUCGUCCGUAGAGACCAAAUGGGGAUUCGCCCUCCAAGAGCUUUACGGACUGGCGCUCAAGUUUUUCAAAGACAAGGACGGCAAAGCCUUCCACCCGACCUACGAGGAGAAGCUGCGGCUGGUGGCCCUGCACAAACAGGCGCUGCUGGGCCCUUACAACCCCGACGCGUCCCCCGAAGUGGGCUUCUUUGAUGUGCUGGGCAACGACCGCAGAAAAGAGUGGGCCUCCCUGGGCAACAUGGAGAAGGAGGAGGCCAUGGUGGAGUUUGUGCGGCUGCUCAACAAGUGCUGCAACCUCUUUGCGCCUUACGUCACCUCGCACAAGAUCGAGCGGGAGGAGCAAGACCGCAAAAGGAGGGAGGAAGAGGAGCGGCAGCGGCAGGAGGCGGAGGAACGCGAGAGGCAGCGGCAGGAGGAGGAGAGGCGGAGGCUGGAGGAGGAGGAGAGGCGGCGGCGGGAGGAAGAGGAAAGGCGACAGGCGGAGGAGGAGAGGCUACGGGUGGAGCAGCAGAAGCAACAGAUCAUGGCUGCCCUGAACGCCCAGACAGCGGUGCAGUUCCAGCAGUACGCCGCCCAGCAGUACCCCGACAGUCCCGAGCAGCAGACGGGCCUCAUCCGCCAGCUGCAGGAGCAGCACUACCAGCAGUACAUGCAGCAGCUCUACCAGGUCCAGCUGGCCCAGCAGCAGGCGGCCUUGCAGCAGCAGCAGCAGCAGCAGCACGCCGAGUCUGUGGCUCACGGCCACCAAGGGGCUUGUUGCACCGGCGAGCCCCCCGCCGUGACGCCUUUGCCGCCUUCGCUGGAGGACACGCCCGCCGUCAACGGCGGCGAGCCCUGCCUGGAGAACACGCAGCCCGAGCCGGCCGAGGAAGCGUCCGAGAACGGGCCUCUGUUUGCGGACUCUCCGCCCGUCAUCGCCGCCCCCUCCAUGUGGACGCGGCCCCAAAUCAAAGACUUCAAAGAGAAGAUCCGGCAGGACGCCGACAGCGUGAUCACGGUGGGCCGCGGCGAGGUGGUGACGGUGCGUGUGCCCACGCACGAAGAGGGCUCCUACCUCUUCUGGGAAUUCGCCACCGACUAUUACGACAUCGGCUUCGGGGUCUUCUUCGAGUGGACGGACGCGGCUUCGGCCUCGGUCAGCGUGCACGUGUCCGAGUCGAGCGACGAGGAUGAGGACGAGGACGGCGAGCCGGCCGGCGAGGAGGAGAAGGCCAAGAAGGAGGCCGGCAAGCCUCAGGUGGACGAGAUAGUGCCGGUGUACCGGCGGGACUGCCACGAGGAGGUGUACGCCGGCAGCCACCAGUACCCCGGCCGCGGCGUCUACCUGCUCAAGUUCGACAACUCCUACUCACUGUGGCGCUCCAAGAGUGUUUACUACAGAGUCUACUACACCAGAUAAGCCUGAAGACAAACGCCGGGGGGGGGGCGAGGAGCGUGCCUGCGUGCACGCGCGUGUGUAUGCGCUGUCCGUUUAUACAAUAUAUUGUACGUGCGCCAGGGGAGGGAGACGACUUAUUUCUGAACUCGCCACCACAGAGAGACAAAUGAACACACCUCCAGUCCUGUUGCGUUUGUCUUUGGUGAAGGGACCAAUGAAUGGAAUGUCCCCACAUGGAAGACAUGUUUGCAUUCCCAUCAGCCACAUUUGACAAAAGAUGGUUGCUCUUUAACCCCGGCCGCUUCGCCUUGCCCCCAGCUUGUUACAAUUGACGAAGGAAGUAGGCUCCACUUCAACUGGUCUCCAGAACAUCAUUGACAUUGUUUUUUUUUCCCCCCCUCCCCAAAGCGUCGUCGUCUUCUGUGCAAUUGUGUUCUUCCGUGUUUUUCACACUCUCUCUCAAGUCUUUGUUGUGUAAAUAAUUCUAUAAAUAAAUAAGUUGAUGUAAGGGAGGGUUUUUAGACAAGGUCUGAGGGUUCUGAAAAUUCAGUGCACUGGCGGAAGUAUGGCAAAUAAGAUAUGGUCUACGUUUGAUCCCACUUGAAUGAUUGUCUAAAAUAGAACAAACAAACAAACAAAAAGCUAUACGUGUAACUGCAAGACUGUUGACAUGGCAGUAAUGGGAGGCAUAUUUUGGUUUUUGUAUGUUUUUGUUUGGCUCUCUGAGUUGCAAGAAUCGUUUUGGGCAUAUAUUUAAUCUUAAUUAAAAUUCUGUUCAUCUCUUGGA